AUGUAUUCAGCGCCCUCCGCCUGCACUUGCCUGUGUUUACACUUCCUGCUGCUGUGCUUCCAGGUACAGGGCCGCGCCCCCUCCCUGUGCCCCACCCCUCCUGGGCGCCGAGCCCAGUGCACCUGUUCCCAGGGCGCGGAAGGGUGGCUCCAAAUGCGCCCAGCGCGGGCGGGGGACCGGCCAAGGGCAAGGGGCUCUGUUGCGGGACUCAGGCUGGCGCGGGCUGCCACGGUCCCUGUCGGCUUCGGCUGGGAGAAGAUGCUCGGAGCCGGCGGCCUCAGCCGCUACAAUGUGCCCGGCUCCAAACACCCCCCCCCCCCAGACCCCCGCCCCCCGCCUCCCCGCCCGGCCCGUAGCCGCUCCUGGUUCCUGGAAAUCAAAGGAGGCCUGGCCCAUCCCAUGGGCCCUGUGGCACCUGGCACGGACCUGGCAUGCAGCAUGAAUGUCAGCAAGUGGAGGGGUGGGGAGAACAGCUUCUCUGAGGGCCGGGCAUCUGUAUGGAACCCCCCAACCCUGUACCAGGUGCUGGUGGCCGAGGAGAACGUGGACUUCCGCAUCCACGUGGAGAACCAGACGCGGGCUCGGGACGAUGUGAGCCGUAAGCAGCUUCGGCUGUACCAGCUCUACAGCCGGACCAGCGGGAAGCACAUUCAGGUCCUGGGCCGUAGGAUCAGCGCCCGCGGCGAGGACGGGGACAAGUAUGCCCAGCUCCUAGUAGAGACAGAUACCUUCGGUAGUCAAGUCCGGAUCAAGGGCAAGGAGACGGAAUUCUACCUGUGUAUGAACCGGAAAGGCAAGCUUGUGGGGAAGCCCGAUGGCACCAGCAAAGAGUGUGUGUUCAUCGAGAAGGUCCUGGAGAACAACUACACAGCCCUGAUGUCGGCCAAGUACUCUGGCUGGUACGUGGGCUUCACCAAGAAGGGGCGGCCACGGAAGGGCCCCAAGACCCGGGAGAACCAGCAGGACGUCCACUUCAUGAAGCGCUACCCCAAGGGACAGGCAGAGCUGCAGAAGCCCUUCAAGUACACCACAGUGACCAAGCGGUCCCGCCGGAUCCGCCCCACACACCCCGGCUAG